AUGUUCAAGAAGAAGCCAAACAUCAAGCCACUGGCUCCGUUGCGCUCCUCAGACCGCCGCAAGACAGCAGACCAAAUUAUUUCGGACUUUGGGCUCCAGAUACCAGUCGACGAUGAUGCUGAUGCGGAGGGGAAGGCAGCCGCGGCGGCUGGUCAUACCUCGCUGCGAAAUGCUCUUCUCCCAGACAAUACCCAGUCCGCACGAUUCCAAACGACUGCUGGCCCAAACCUGAAACCGGUGUCAGGAACCGUGUACGUAGGCAGCCACGAUGGAGAGGAGCAGCGGGUCCUAUGGAUCAAGCUCGAGGAGAAGAUGUAUCCGACUGUCUACACGCUCUGGCAGAAUCCCGGCAUUGUCCCGCUGCUGCACACGCACCCUCCAGUCAUGCCGAAGCUCUUUGGUGGCUCUGCAUUAAUGACACCUGGUCUCGCUGGAGGUCCACCCUUCCCGGAGGAGGCCAAGAAAGGUGCUGUCGUAGCCAUCGCAAGCACCGAGAACCCGACAGUGCCGCUGGUCAUCGGAUCGUGUGCCAUUGAUGUCGCCGGGCUGCAGCAAGUACAAGGCGCUAAGGGCCACGCGGUUGAGACGAUACACUGGCACGGCGAUGAGUUGUGGGCAUGGAGCCCCUCCGGCGUUCCUGGCGGCUUACCUCCAACCCGUCUCGACGGAUGGCAAGACUCGGAGCGGGAAGGGGAAGAGCUGGCGGCAGGUGUGAAGACUAUGACGGUCGAAGACGAGGAAGAUGGUGGUGUCUCACUGGAGCCAGACAGUAAAGUGCGCGAAGAGGGCUCGCCGAAGGCCGAAGGUGCAGAUGAUGGAGAUAGACCUGCAGUUGAAGAGGAACUUGCGGAUGCCGAUGCCAAAGAGAUGACUACAGCAGAAAUUGACAGCGCCUUCCGGAAAGCCUUUCUCUAUGGAUGCUAUCACUACAAGGACACCAAUAAGGACCAGCCGAACUUCGGGCUCCAAUUUCCAUUGAAUCAAUCAUUUGUAAUGUCGAAUCUCGUGCAACCAUUCUUGCCAGCAUUCACGCCAGCACAAGCCAAUCAGCUACAGAUCAAGAAGACUAGCUGGAAGAACAUCAAAAAGUUUAUUAAGUCUUUGGACAAGGAGAAGAUCAUCAAGUCCAAAGACCGAGACGGAAACGAGGUCACAAUUGUUGACAUCGAUUUUGACGACCGCCAUAUCGUCAACUUCACGCCUUACCGAUUGCCAAAGAAGGAAACAGCGGCAGGCACCAGUCUGGGUCGCGGCGAGAAAGCUACUGUCAUCAGCGAUACCGCUGAUUCCUCUGUUGGCCAGAAGCUCAAGAGAGUUGAGCUUUUCCGGCCAAAGGAGAGAUUGUCUCCUAUAUUCAGCGCAGCGGGCGCGGACCCCCGAGGGCUGUUCACAGCAGCAGAACUACGGCCAAUCGUGACCACCUACAUCGAAAUCGAGAACCUCGUAUCCCCUACCAACAAGCGCCUCGUAACCUUGAACCCUAUCCUAGCGAAUGCGGUAUUUGACAACUCCGCUCCGAUUGACGAGGAAGUUCUGGCCAAGGGCAGCGUGCCCCGUGACGCGCUUAUCGACCGCAUUAUCCAGUCAUGCGCGCCCUUCUACGCCAUACUCCGUAAUAACGAGACUGUAGCAACUGCCAAGCCCAAGGCAGGCGCACCGCCGAAGAUUCACAUCACGCUCGAGACCCGUGCAGGCAACAAGACGAUGACGCGGGUUAGCGGGUUGGAAGCCUACUUCAUCCCACCGCAGCCGCUGGCCGAUGAGCUGAGGAAGGCGUGCGCCAGCAGUACGAGCGUGGAUAAGCUGGUGGGAAGUAGCCCAAAGAAUCCGGUCAUGGAAGUCUCGGUGCAGGGCCCACAGAAGGAUGCGGUGAUCAAGGCAUUGGAGAAGAGGGGUGUUAAUAGGAAUUGGGUGGACUUUGCUGACAAGACGAAGGGGAAGAAAAAGGGGUGA